AUGAUUGGUGGAGAGCCAUAUACUCUUGGACUUUUUGAUACUGCAGGGCAAGAGGAUUAUGACAGAUUACGACCGCUGAGUUAUCCACAAACAGAUGUAUUUCUAGUCUAUUUUUCAGUGGUCUCUCCAUCCUCAUUUGAAAAUGUGAAAGAAAAGUGGGUGCCUGAGAUAACUCAUCGCUGUCCAAAGACUCCUUUCUUGCUUGUUGGGACCCAAAUUGAUCUCAGAGAUGACCCCUCUACGAUUGAGAAACUUGCCAAGAACAAACAGAAACCUAUCACUCCAGAGACUGCUGAAAAGCUGGCCCGUGACCUGAAGGCUGUCAAGUAUGUGGAGUGUUCUGCUCUCACACAGAAAGGCCUAAAGAAUGUAUUUGACGAAGCAAUAUUAGCUGCCCUGGAGCCUCCAGAACCAAAGAAGAGCCGCAGGUGUGUGCUACUAUGA